UUGACAUGAAACUGUCAGAGAAUACGCGCUGCUUUAAUGUACCGGUAUAUUCAAGUCCGCGUGUUGAGAUUCUAUCGUGUAUUUAAAUGUAUUAAUUUUUUUAUCCACUUUCUUCAAUACUUUCAUCAUCGUUUACUUAUUAUGAUAAAUAUUGAUUGUUUUCUUCUUUAAAUUCUUUUUUAUUAUUUCAAAUGAUACAUUAUAUAUUGAAUAUGAUUGUGUGAUUUUCGUUUACGAUAUAUAAAUUAUUUGAUUGUUAAAUAAAUAUGUGAUAUACCAACAUUGAAGUGAUUGAACUCAAGAUCCAGUUUAGUAACUGGAACAAGAUUUAACUGAUGAUCUCCACCAACGAUAUCUAUUGACAUAUGCGUGAAUUAACAAACAUGGCGACGCCCAUGGUUUCAAGUAAUGUUUAAAGAUAAUUUUAAAUAUUAUAAAAGUCGAAAUCCUCGUCCUAAUUUAAAAAAUGUGAUCGAUUUGAAUAAUCCAGAUUAUAAUAAAGUUAUUAAUUUUAAAGAAAAAUUGCUUGAUGUACAAUGCGAACAUGAAUUGGGAUUAAAAUCAAUAAAACAUUGGAAAGUUUUUGAAUUUUUAGAUAUUCCAGGACUUAUUUUUAUAAAAAAUCCAUUUACUACAUAUGGACAACGAUAUUGGAUUAUAAAAUGUUUAAAAGAAUAUUCAAAAAAACCACAUAAAUUAAAUUUACAUGCUCAUGAUGUUUUAAAUGAUGAUGAAAAUUGGUGGGAUAUAUGUUUUAAGAACUUUGAUAAAGGUGAAAUUAAUACCAAAUUAAUAUCAAAAUUAAGAUGGGCAACAUUUGGAUAUCAUCAUAACUGGGAUACAAAAUUAUAUUCUGAAACAUGCAAGACAAAAAUACCUAUAGAAUUAUCAUUGUUAACAUCAUUUUUAGCACAAACAUUAGGUUUUAAAGAUUUUAAAGCUGAAGCAGCUAUCAUUAAUUAUUACAGAAUGAAUUCAACUUUAGCAGGUCAUACCGACCAUUCCGAACCUAAUGUAGAAGCUCCCUUAUUUUCUAUAAGUUUUGGUCAAACUGCAAUAUUUUUAAUUGGGGGACUUAUGCAAGAGGAUACAACUAAUGCUAUAUUUUUACGGAGUGGAGAUAUAAUAAUAAUGUCUGGAAUGUCUCGAUUGAGAUAUCAUGGUAUACCAAAAAUAUUACUAACCAUUGAUAAACCAUGGGAUAAUGAAGAAUUAAAUGAUGAUCAAUGUAGUAGAUUAAAUCAAAAUGAUUGGAAAAAAGCAAAAAUUUAUAUUUCUGAUGCUAGAAUAAAUAUGAAUGUAAGACAAGUGUUAAAAGUUGGACAAUUCUCUUUGUUAUAAAAUGCAAAAUUGUCUUGUAUAUUUUUUAUUAAAAAUACUUAUAUCAAUUACA